UUCUCGAUAAUCUCAAGCUUCUCUCUGUUUUAUUCCAUCUUUCCUUCUCCUUACCCAAUUCUUCUUUUCUCGUUUUUUCCCCUGCAAUUGCUGAGAUAGAACCUCCCGCGUUGCCUUGCCCGUCCCCGUCUUUCAGUUUCAGUUCUUCUUUUAUCACCUCCUUUGGCUCUCACCGCCUUUACCUUUCUCCUAUUUUGUUUUCUUUAAUUGUUUUUCUCUGUUGCGGGUGCUAUAUAUCUAAAGGGGUUGUGACAAGCCAUGGAUGUAGACCUGCUUAAGUCUGCAACAGAAGAUCAGCUGGAGAUGAUGAUGGCGAUGAUGCAGAUGGAAAAGUUUCCUGAAUUCUGCGGAAACUCUCCAGAAUUAGCUGAAUUGCCGUCGUCCAUGGAUUUAUCUUGCGGUUCUGUUGGGACAAGCAGUGGAACCAUCCCACCCACCUUCAGUAACCCACCGAUUACUUCACAUGCAUUGUUGAACCCAUCUGCCAGAGCAUCACUUAUGGGCAGUGGCGCCACCUUUCAAGAACCCAUGGCUUCCACUCUCAUAUCCAAUACUGCGACGGGAAGUUUAAUAAACACUGGCGAACUACUGGGUGGUGCAGGUGCAAGUUCGCCCCAGAAGAGAAAUUCAAUGGAGGCAAUGAGGGAGAUGAUCUUCCGGAUUGCAGCGAUGCAACCGAUUCACAUUGACCCAGAAUCGAUAAAGCCACCGAAGCGGAGGAACGUGAAGAUAUCAAAGGACCCACAGAGUGUGGCGGCAAGGCACAGGAGGGAACGGAUUAGUGAGAGGAUAAGGAUCCUCCAGAGACUUGUUCCAGGAGGAACCAAGAUGGAUACGGCUUCUAUGUUGGAUGAAGCGAUUCACUAUGUGAAAUUCUUGAAGACCCAAGUGCAAUCUCUGGAACGAGCUGCCGCCAACAGACCCGCCGGUCUCAGGUUCCCAGCGGCGGUUUCUGAUACCAAUUACUUUCCCUUGGCCAAAGCCUACCAGCAGUCUGUUCCACUCUUCAGCCCUACCCAGAUGCUUAGCUGAAGCUUUAGGAGCAUGAAUAUAAUUAUAAGUUCAAAUAGGAAAAAAAAAAUAGACUACAUUAAUUCUCUACUCUCUAGUGAUGUAGGUAGGGUGCCUUGCACAGAAUGAUCCUUCGAUUUUCUUUAAACCUCUUAUCUCCUCUUUAGUUCUGUUCUUGGUUCUAUCGGUACAAAUUACUACGGCCCACUGAAUAAUAAAUCUGUUGACAAAC